GUGUAAUUUACUCUUUCUAGUACUUUAUCAUCACCGUUUUCGGAAGAGUGAAGUUCUUCUCCCAUUUGUUUACUGCGGGUUGAAACGUAGUUUACCAUUCUCUCUCUCUACUGAAACAGGGUCCACAGAAGUACGAAAAAUAUCCAUUUACAAUAACGAAAAGGUUAUACAAGCAUAUAGCAUCUAAUCGUCGAUCGCGUGUGAAAGCACGGCAUGGGUUGCGCUGGAUCGCGCGAUAAAGCAGAUGAAACAGCAAAGAAGAUACGCAAGCCCAAGCCAUGGAAGCAUUCAGAACCAAUAACAAGGGCACAACUCAUACAGAUGCGAGAUGAGUUUUGGGACACUGCUCCACAUUAUGGUGGCAGGAAAGAGAUUUGGGAUGCACUUCGGGCAGCUGCUGAGGCUGAUAUUACUCUCGCACAAGCAAUUGUGGAAAGUGCUGGUGUAAUUGUUCAGAACCCCGACUUAACUGUCUGCUAUGAUGAAAGAGGUGCGAAGUAUGAGUUACCCAAGUACGUUUUGAGUGAACCAGCUAACCUGAUCCGUGACAAUUGAAAAUGAGAUUGUAAACCUGUAAAUUACUGGUGUCAAUCAGUUUCUUUAUCAUCCCAUUUUACUUCACUGUCCUCAUGUUCUAUCCAUCCAUUGUAAAACUCUUUUCCAUGACAGGAAAUUGUAGCGUGCCGUUUCUUGUCAUUGUUAAUAUACUGUGCUCUUUUUCAAGUACAAAAGAGCAAGCCAAAUAGUGGUUCAAAUGGACAUCCUUUUCAGAUUGAAUAAGGUUUUUUCUAGUACAUGCUUAUCAAUACUUCACCUU